CUGCACAGAAGCCACUAGUUUUCUACUUGGGUGUUAGAGCCUAGGAAAAAUGCCGCUGCUGGGGCGGAAGCCAUACGUUCCGCCCGCCCCCAGCGUCCCCGAGGAGAUACCCGAUAGCGAAAGCGUCUUUGUGAUCCGCCUGACGGGGGAGGUGUUCACGGAUUAUGAUGCUUACUUGGAACAGCUUGCGCAUUACCGAACAGCGAAGUGGACUUGCGCGGUCACCGGCAGGGGCGGACUUACCUAUGAACAGGCCUUGCUGUCUGAACAGGAGGCCAACAAGGUCUUGCAGCAAUUUCCCGCCGAGUUGGAGUGCCCAUUUGUUCAGCUCGUUCAUCAUAACACGCUUCGGCUCGAGGAGCUUGUCACGCACCUGGCCGACGUGUCCAAAUCAUUCAAGUUUUCAGCGCCAGGCAGUGCCGAAGCAACCACCGGCAAGCAUGGCAAGCAGGCGCCCUUAGCAAAGCCGGUCAUUAAAAUGUGGCUGCACGAGGCCGCGACAUGGACCGGCCGUUACUGGUCCGUCAAAGCGGCGCUAUGCGCCAAGUAUGGCAUGGGCGGCGAAAUUCCUGAAGAGGUGGCGCAUGACGACGACGAGCCGGAGGGGCAGGUGGUGGGAGGACGUCGUGGGCGAGGCCGCGCUGCCUCCCCCGUGGAGGGCCGGCGCCAGGCGGCUGCUGCUGCUGCUGCCCGCUGGAGGGACGCCGCGGGGGCCGACUCGCUGACGGGCUCCCAGGACGACAGCCCCCCCGGCGGCGGCAAGGCGGGCGGCCCGGUGCGGUCGCGGAAGAAGAAGGCGCCCGCCAAGUCACUGGAGGAGGAGGAGGAGCGCGCCAAGCCCGGCACCACCAAGCACGCGGCGCUGCUGGUGCUGAAGGCGCACUGCCCCUUCGAGGGACUUACGGUGGAGCAGGUGAUCAACUUGUCUGUGGAGCAGGGCAUCAAAACGGACUGGCCGCCCGGGGGCAAGCGGAACCUGUACCAUGUGAUGCACACGGACCCCGCCUUCCUGCGUGUGAGCCGCAACACCUACGUGCUAUCCUCGCUCUUCCCGGACCGGGACGAGUGGGUGGAGGAGGCGAAGGAGAAGGCCGAGGGCGGUCGCGCUCGCAAGCCGACUAAGAAGGAGCUUGAGGCGGCGGGAGGCUACCUGGGUGACGGAGCCGACCUGGACUUGCCCCCCCCUGGUGCGGGUGCUGGUGCUGCGGGCGGGGCCGGGGUGAGUCGCGAGGAGGCGCUGGUGCUGCAGCGACUGGAGCUGCACUGCCAGCAUACGCAGGCCAACCUCGCCGCCUGCCGCAACGGCAUGGAGGUGGCGGCUGCCAUGUUGGCCGCAGCGCGCAGCCGCCUGGCGGAGGCCGAGGCGGCGCAGCAGCAGCUGGCGGCGCUGCACCCGCAGCUGGCCGCCAUGCAGCCGGGCAUGGUGGCGGCAGCCGCGCGGGCGGUGGAGGAGCAGCAGCGGCAGCUGGCGGCGGCCAUGGGGGAGGCGGAGCGGGCGCAGCGGGGGCUGGAGGCGGCGGCCCGGGCGGCGGAGGAGGC